CACCCUCCAGCGUUCUGUAGCCCAGUCCUGUUUUGUGAACCUUGUUUUGACCACUGACGCCGAGCCUGUCUGGUCCCUGUCUGUCUUGUGUGCCUUGGAUUUUGAUCUUGCCUGAUACCGACCUCGCCUGCUACCCUGACCACGAUGUUACGCCUGACGGAACGAUAUCUGAAAAAUGUACCAGAACCUCAAGACAUCACUGUACUGGAUUUUACUGGCCUACAACCACAGCACCUACAAUGACAGCAAGUUUUACAGCUUCAGUGUAGACGGCCCUCAUUGCAGUCUACAGCAGCCUCUACAACAGCCUCUACAACAGCCUCUACAACAGCUGCAGCAACAGUGACUAUCUUGACGUUGACCUGGCGGUGACGUGUGUCAUCGCAACAGAUCUUGUUGAUGUUCAGUUGGAGGUGGUUCUGUCCACACCAGUCCACAAAGCUGUCCACCACUUCCUGAUACUGUGACAUCACCACCCUGGAUACGUCCUACAGUAGCAGAGCCAUCAGGGAACUGGAGAAGACAGUACUGAGUUGUACCUGAAGUCUGAGGUGAAGAGGGUGAAGAGGAAGGAGACAGGACGGUCCCCUGUGGAGCUCCUGUGCUGCAUGCACAGUGUCACACACAGUUCUGCAGGUGGACGUACUGUGUGCGGUGGUGAGGUGGUCCAUGAUCCAUGAGAUCAGGGCGGCUUCAGCUGCAUGUCCUUCAGUUUCUCUCCCAGCAGCGCAGGCUGGAUGGUGUUAAAUGCACUGGAGAAAUCAAAGAACAUGAUCCUCACUGAGGGGUCAGGCUGCAGGUGGGUGUGGGUGCGAUGGAGCAGAUGUAUGAUGGCGUCAUCCACUCCUAGAUGGGGUUGAUAUGCAAGGAGGGGGUCGACUGAGGGUUUGACCAGAGACCGUCCAGGAUCAGCCUCUCAAAAGCCUCCAUGAUGUGAGAGGUCAGAGCCACGGGUCUGUAGUCGUUGAGGACUCUGGGACGUGGCGUCUUAUUCACUGGCACGAUGCAUGACUUCUUCCACCCAAGAGGAACUCUCUCCAGCUGCAGGCUCAGGUUGCAGAUGUGUUGGAGGACACCACAGCAGGGCUGAUUCCAUCAGGUCCUGCAGCCUUUGUUGGAUGAAGCUUGUUCAGCUCCUUUCUCACCUGAUCUGCUGUGAUGGUGGGGGUGGAUGAGCCCUGUGGGUGGUGUGAAGGGGGCUCUAUUGGCCCAACCUGGAAUCUGUUAAAGAAGUUAUUAAGUUCGUGACGGUCCUCAUGCUCCUCCACACUUCCCUGGUGUUGUUCUGAAGCCUGUGUUCUUGUUUCCUCCUGUGAGCCUCCUUCCCCUCCCUGAUUUUGACUGACAGCUCUGGGGACACUCCAAGCUGCUUCCCUGUCACCUGAAUGCUUUCUUCUUUUCAUGCAGGGUGGAUUUGAUGCCAUGAGUGACCCAUGAUUUGCUGUUAGGAAAGCAGCGAGACGUUUUGUCAGGUACAUGAGUGUCCACGCAGAAAUUAAUAUAAUCUGUGAUGCAGUCUGUCAGUGCAUCAAUGUCCUUCCCAUGAGGUUCAGAGAGCCUCCCAGUCAGUGUCUUUAAAGCAGUUCUGCAGAGCAACGCGCCCCUCAUCUGUCCAUUAAUAGUUUUAAUGGUGGCGGCUGCUUUUGAACCUGAGGUGUGUGUUGUGGCAGCAGAUGAAUCAGAUUGUGAUCUGACUUUCCCAUGGGGGGGGGGGCAGUGGAAGAGUAGGCAUCCUUAACAUUAGCAUACAUCAGGUCCAGUCUGUUCUCAACUCUGGUGGAACAGCUCACAAACUGGGUGAAUGGAGGAAGUGACUUGUCGAGGCUGGUGUGAUUAAAGUCACCGGAUCAUAAAGAAAGCGCCAGGAUGUCUGGACUGCAGGUUGGAGACGACUGUCUGCAUGACAUCAUAUAAUCAGCCAGGGGGGACACGGCUUGAAUCUUGUCAUCUUCUUAACAAGUAAUGGCAUUGCUAUGCCAGUAACAUGGAGUCCCUAGAACCUUAGCUUUUAGAUGGCGCCACGGAUCAUUAGGUUUGGAUAAAGUAUCGCAGCUGUAGAGCCAGAAAUGCGUUGUGGGCUAACACUAGCAGCUAAUGCAGGGGAGGCUGAAUAUUAGCGAUUAUUGUGGGUAUAGGUUUUUUGUUUUUUACUAAGGCCAUGUUUGAUACACCUAAAAGACAAUUAUAUAGUGAUGUAGCCCCCUGACACAUUGUGUCUUCUGUCUUCUGUGUGCGUUUCCCAAUUCCAACUUACACGUCUGGAAGCACAACCUGCUACCUCUGUGGUUCCAGAGUGAUGGACAGAGAAGGAACCUGAUGCUUCUGAUGCAUCAUCAGUGACGCUUGGUCUGAAUGUGAGCAGAUAUUUACUGAAGCUGUUUAUCUGCCUAAACCGUAACCAUGCAGCGAGUUUCCUGUGUCUCAAGAGAACGUCUGAUAAAGUGUCACACAUCGUGACGGAUGAAGCGAUUUGUGAGGAGCCUAGAGUUUUGCACAAACAUCACAUAGCGAUAUAAGACCUUUCCUGCCACUUGACACGUUAUCACUGUUUGCAGUGGUUAAAUUGUGAGAUACUCUCAUAGGAAGAACAUUCAGAUUGUGACUGUGGUUUCACGCAGAGACCAUAAGGCAGCAGCUGCACACAGCAUCACCAUCGUCCUGCGUCGCUCCAAGGUAACGUUCCUGCUUCACAUCUGUGUGUUCCAGCUCCUGGUUCAUCAGGGCCCUGACGUGAACCAUCAGCAGACUGGGUUUGGUUCUGCAGCAGGUGUCGGUCCGUCAGCAGCUCCACGUUGGCUCUGAGCCGCUGAUCCGGUUCCAGCUUCAGUCGCUAGCGUUGACUGUGACCUUGAAGACUCCAGGGGUCGGUUCCCUGGUCCAGAGUCAUGUUUAAUGUGGUUCUCAGCUCCGUUUGCUUUGCAGGUCCACGUCUUACGUUUCCUGAGUAAAAGUGUGUGUUUGAACCUGUGCAGUGGUUUCAGCCAAAGGACAUGGUGUCGUUGUGACUUCAGGAUGUUCAGCACAUCCAUUAGUUGUAGUUCGGUUGAUUUACUAGAACUGUGUGUGAGACGUUGGAUCAUGUUCAGGAUUCACUUACUGGACAAAUGAACAGUUCUACUAGAACUUUACUGACACUUUAUCAAACUAUUCUUUUCCAGUUUCUCAGUGAAGAAUGAAUCAGAGCGACAUCAAUGACACAUUGAUGGACAAUGAUGACUACUACAUCAAUGAAGUUUAUAAUGGAACAGAAGCUGCAUACAUCUAUGAGCAUUACCAUAAAAUACUUGAGGUUUUAACGUGGCUGGUCGUCGCCAUCGGCCUCAUCCUGAUGCCUGUCGCCAUCUUUGCUGUUUCCUCUCUGGUGAAGAAAGACAACGUUGCUCCGAUCUUCGUCAUCAACCUCCUGGUUUCUGACAUCAUUCAGCUCUGUGCUAUGAUCAUUGUGCAGAUAAAAGGUGUAAAUACUUUAAUUAUUGCUGCUUACAUGUACUUCGUCAGUGUUUCAGCCAGCGUGGGCUUCAUGCUGUGCAUCGCUCUGGAAAGGUAUUUGCUCAUCGUCCGGCCGCUGUGGUACCGAACCAGACGGACCAUGAAGAUGUCCCUGCUGCUCUGUGCUGCAGUCUGGACUCUUCCAUUGUUUUACUUCCUCUUUCGCAUGGUCAUGUUUUCAUACAAUCAGUAUUGUUUGUUCUUCAUCAUUACUGGCAUCUUCCUCCUCCUCCUGGUUCCUCUGCUCGUGUUCUUCAUGGUUGGGACCCUCAGAGCUUUGUCUGCCUCCAUCAGCGUUCGUGCUGAGGAAAAGCAUAGAAUCGUUGGACUUCUGGUUCUGGUGCUGCUGAUUUACACACUGCUGUUCCUGCCUUUCAUAAUUUUUUUAUUGGUUGAUUGCUUUAUUUAUGAUUAUGAGUUGGAGUUUGUUGCUUACUUUUUCCUUAAACUCAAUCCUGUUGCUGACUUGUUCCUGUACAUCUUCCUCAGAAAAGGGGCUGUGAACCAGGUUUGGUUUUGUUGCAGAAAGAACAGAACUAGUCAUCAGUUGUCAAGUGGUUUGAAUGAUGGUGACACAGUUACAAGUUUGUAGUGAUUAAACAUCAAUUAAGCAUACGCAAUCAUCUUUUGUGUAGAGCUAAACUACAAAGAGCUGAAAACGGAGGCGUCAGAAUCAUAUCUUAACAAACAUCCUAUCAAAAAUUAAAUAUCUAAAUGUGUGUGGAGACAUUUUGUGUUUGUGUUGAAAUAAAAAGC